AUGGCCAAAAACCAGGCGGGACAACAAGAUCUAAACCAGGCAGCACAACAAGAUCUAAACCAGGCAGCACAAAAAAGCCUAACCCAGGCAGCACAACAAGACCUAAUCCAGGCAGCACAACAAUACCUAGACCAGGCAUCACAACAAAAUCUAAACCAGACAGCACAACAAGACCUAGACCAGGCAGCACAACAAGACCUAGACCAGGCAGCACAACAAGAUCUAGACCAGGCAGCACAGCAAGACCUAGACCAGGCAGCACAACAAGAUCUAAACCAGGCGGCACAACAAGACCUAGACCCGGCAGCACAACAAGAUCUAAACCAGGCAGCACAUCAAGGCGUAGACCAGGCAGCACAACAAGGCCUAGACCUGGUAGCCCAAAACCAGACGGAAAUACAGGACCCAAACCUGGCGGUACGAGACCAAAGCAGACACGACUCAGAGCGACAAACACUCCACGAACAUGACCAGCACAAACAAACCCACCUCACAGACAACCAGAACAGAUACAUCCACCCAGGACAAAACCAGGACAGAUACCUACACCUAGAACAAAACCAGGACAGACACAUCCACUCAGGACAAAACCAGGACAGAUACUUACACCCAGAACAAAACCAGGACAGACACAUCCACCCAGGACAAAACCAGGACAGAUACUUACACCCAGAACAAAACCAGGACAGACACAUCCACCCAGGACAAAACCAGGACAGAUACUUACACCCAGAACAAAACCAGGACAGACACAUCCACUCAGGACAAAACCAGGACAGAUACUUACACCCAGAACAAAACCAGGACAGACACAUCCACCCAGGACAAAACCAGGACAGAUACUUACACCCAGAACAAAACCAGGACAGACACAUCCACCCAGGACAAAACCAGGACAGAUACUUACACCCAGAACAAAACCAGGACAGACACAUCCACCCAAGACAAAACCAGGACAGACACAUCCACCCAGAUCAAAAUCAGUACAGACACAGCCAACACAAACAAAUUCGCCACAAACAAACGCGCCUACUAAGCCUCUCUCAGGCGGCGGAAGUUAUUCUGGUGGCGUCUCUCUCGGUGGAGAUUCUGGACAUCAUCACGUUGGUAGUUCCAGUGGCGGGAAUAGUGGCCAAGGCCAUCAUUGCCAUUCUCAUGGCGGAGAAGGGUGCUGUAAUGAUAUGA